CUCUGCUUCCCCCGGCCAGAGACGCCAGACACACAACAGAGGCCUCCCUGACCAUUUUAUAUAUAAGAGGGAGAUGCUUUAGCUCCGUGGAGGUUCGUCAGCAAUAAGCAUAGGGUGCUCGAAGAAGUUCAGUCAUAAGAAAGAUAAGGUAUCGCCCCGGACUGCAGAAAGUAAGAAGGCUCUGAGGGCGUGGGCGUUGCAGGGAUGUCGAGUGCUACUGCCAAAGCAGUUAUAUCGUCAGUCUGCGCAGCCGUGGCGGUCGUAAUAACAAUCGCCGUGAUCAGACGAUGCCGCCACGCGAGGAAGAAGAUGCACAAGAAGAUCGUAGCUAAGAUCAUGGAGGAGAUCAGCAAAAAACACCGCCAGAAGCGAGGAGCUCCGGACGAUGACGGCGCCGCCUUCGACGACGUGGUGAUCGAGAUCGGCCCCGUAGAGAAGUUCCUCCACGAGAUCCUGAACGAGAAACCGAUGCGGUUCAGCUCGGAGCAGCUGGCCUGUUACACGUCUGACUACUCGACGGAGCUGGGCUCCGGCGGCUUCGGGGUGGUCUACAAAGGGGAGCUCCCCAACGGGCUGCAGGUGGCCGUGAAGGUGCUCAAGGUGUCCAUGAACAAGAAGGUGCAGGAGGGGUUCAUGGCGGAGAUCGGCACCAUCGGCAGGACCUACCACGUGCACCUCGUCAGGCUCUACGGCUUCUGCUUCGACAGGGACGGCACCAGGGCACUGGUGUACGAGUUCCUGGAGAACGGAUCGCUCGAGAAGUACCUCUACUGCGGCGGCGACGGCGACGGCGAGGAGGAGAGGAGGAGGGAGAAGCUGGAGUGGCGGACGCUGCACAGCAUCGCCGUGGGUACGGCGAAGGGGAUCCGGUACCUGCACGAGGAGUGCCAGCAGAGGAUCGUGCACUACGACAUCAAGCCUCCCAACAUCCUCCUCACGUCCGACUUCGUGCCGAAGGUGGCCGACUUCGGGCUGGCCAGGCUCGGGGAGCGGGAGAACACGCACAUGUCGUCGCUGACGGGCGGCGGGCGCGGGACGCCCGGGUACGCGGCGCCGGAGCUGUGGAUGGCGCUGCCGACGACGGAGAAGUGCGACGUGUACAGCUUCGGGAUGGUGCUGUUCGAGAUCCUGGGGCGGCGCCGGAACUACGACGCCGGGCUGAUGGACGAGAGCCGCGAGUGGUUCCCCAAGUGGGUGUGGGACAAGUACGAGCAGGGUGACAUGGGCUGCAUCGUGUCCGGCGUCGGGGAGGAGGACCGGGAGAAGGCGGAGACCAUGUGCAAGGUGGCGCUUUGGUGCGUGCAGUUCCAGCCGUCGGCGCGGCCGACGAUGAGCAGCGUGGUGAGGAUGCUGGAGGGGGAGAUGGCCAUCGUGCCGCCCGUGAACCCGUUCCACUACGUGUCGAGCGGCGGCAGCUCCAGCGGCUGGGCGCUGUCGACCGGCACCGGCACCGGCACCGGCACGUACACGACCAGCCGGGACACGGUAAGAGACAGUGAGGUGUCGGGAUUCUCGCCAAGCCCUCCUGCUAAACCAACCGAUGCAAUGGUGAAAGGUGCCAAGUCCACUGAUGCAGUGACGACAUAGAGUUUGUACAUUUAUUGUCACGUGUAGAACUACGCAUGAAGGCUUGUAAAUUAGCAAUUUGGGAUUUAGUUCUCAGUUUUUACAUCAUUUAAUUUGCAUCGUGAUUCGUGUUAGUCAUGAGUUACAACUCAUGUUGUAACUGUUUAUGAGUUGUAACUGCAA